GGUAAAAUCUCAAAGAUGGAUCUCUCUGAUGACGAUGUCUCCCCAACCUCAGAUGUUGAAGAUGUUAGUGAGACUCAUUCAAAGAAGAUAUUCGAAUAUGUGAAGCUACCUAAUGAUGAUGAGUAUUCUGAUAAUGAAAAUGAUGAUGGUAGUUAUACUGACAGUAAUGAAGAUUACCAGAGUGAACCAGAGCAGCUGAACAAUAUGUCUAUCGACCCCAUCGUUGAUGUAAAAAGUGAACCAUAUGACGAAGAUGAUGAUACAGCUCAGUAUGAUGAAACAUCUGAAAGUGGAACUGAUACACAUAAUACCGACAUGUAUGACUUUGAUGCUGAACAUGACCCAGAGGCUCCCCAACAAAAACAUUCUGUUACUACAAGGGACAUGGCUGAAAAACGAAAAGACCCAAAAAGACUGGUGUGUAAUUUCUGUAAAGAAAUCUUCAUUGGGAAAGAAGUGCUUGAAGCCCAUUAUAAGAAGAAACAUACUGGCAUAGGGAAGCCAUUUGAGUGUAAAGAAUGUGGCAUGUCUUUCAAGUAUAUGUCAGUGUUGAGGGUGCAUAUGAGGAAGCAUACUGGUGAGAAGCCAUUCAGUUGUACACUUUGCGACAAAACAUUUUGCCAGAAGGCUUAUCUUGAUGCCCACUUGAAACGUCACAAUGGUGAUAAACUCUACUUAUGUGAUGAAUGCAAUAAAACUUUUAUAACCCAAGCCCAUCUGAAGCGCCAUUUGGUGACCCAUAUUCAAGGGAAGACGUUUAUUUGCACAGAAUGUGGUGAAGAAGGCCCAUCCGAGACUUGUCAAUCUGAGCAACAUUCAAGGGCUUACUUUGAGGAACGUCCAUUUGUCUGCCAGAUCUGUGACAAAAGGUUUUCCAUGCACAGUGCAAUGAUCAAUCAUUCUCGCACACAUACAGGCGAGAAGCCAUUCUCCUGUGAACUUUGUCAGAAAACAUUUACACAAAGAUCUAAUCUUAGUGUUCACAUGAAAACUCAUACUGGUGAAAAGAAAUUCAAAUGUCAGUUCUGUGACAUCGCUUACCUUUACAAAGUUAAUCUCGACCGCCAUAUUAGAAGAGCACAUGGUGAAAACAGCUCAUAUACAUGUAAAGAAUGUGGGGAAUCAUUCUCUUGGAGAUCUAGCCUUCAUCUUCACGUGCUCUCUCACACAGGGAAGGACCCAUUUCAGUGUGAUUAUUGCGAUAAGAAAUAUGUCUUGCAGAAAUGUCUUUGGGUUCACAUGAGGACCCAUUCAGGUUCUGUUGACUUCAAAUGUAAGGUCUGUGAUGAACAUUUCAAACAUCACUCUGAGUUGAGAAAACACAUGAAGACACAUAAGUCCAAAAAGUCACAAGUCCAUGCAAAGGAAACAACUCCCACAAAUCAAGAUAAUAAUGCCUCUUUAAAAGAUGAUCAGUUGGAUAAGUCACACAAAGGAUCUGAUUCCGUUCAAAAACUUGAGCCUGAUGUUUCUUACCAAAAUGAAAAAUUUGAUGGUUCAAUUCAAAAAAUCCAACCUUAUGUUUCUUAUCAAAAUGAAAAUGCUGAUCGUUCAGUUCCAAAGACCCAGUCCAAUGCUAAUUUGUAUCAAAAUAAAAAUGUUGAUUUUUCAGUUCCAAAAACCCAGUCUAAUAUUAAUAUGUAUCAAAAUGAAAAUGUUGAUUUUUCGAUGCAAAAACCAAAAUCUAAUAUUUGCUAUCAAAAUGAAAAUCUUUAUUUGCACAAAGAUCCUUCACAAAUCUCAAGAACUGACUUUUAUAAUUCUUUGAGAAAGAAGUGAAACAAACAUAAGGUCUGACAAUUGGACAGUUACUUUUGUUGCUAUGGUGUAAUUUUUAAGAUAUUUACAAAAGAAAGUGUAUUGUAUUCUAAUUCUCUUUAUAGUCUAUUUGGAUUCUAAGGAUAGCAUUUUAUGUACAUAAAGGCACUGUCUACAAGUUCUUUAGGCAUCGAGAAUGUAUUUGUAUUACUAGUACACUUUAAAGGUGCUAUAUGAGUCUUAUGCCACUGGGGUCUUUUUUACGAACUGUCAUAUCUUUAGAUUUGAUCACAAUUCAAUUGUUCGUCAAAAUGUACACCAUGGUUUUCUCUAUAUCGUAAGUUGUGGGGGUUAUGGUCAUCCCAAAAACAAACCCCUUUUUAUGUUGGUGGGCAGAUUAUAAUUUGUGUUAUCAAGGUAGGAUCAAAAUUCAGCCAUUCAACUGUUUUGGGAACCUUAUAUUAAGGUUUUGUUGAUGGGGAAUUGGAACAAAAACUUUGGAACUGAAAUGGAAUUUCAGUGGAAAUUUGCUUAUCAAUUCAAAUCUGAGUAUAACCAUGACUUAUUCUGAUCAAAUCCUAACAAAUUAUUUAAAGAUUUUUCCACUUUUACCUUUGUCCUUUUUAAACUACAUGUUGGAUCUUGGACAGAAAAUGUAGUGGGAGAAAUAUAUGACAAACAUAGUCAAACUUGUGCUCAUUUUGCAUGCACACUGUAGUAAUACGAACUCUAUAU